AGGAAGAAGGGAAAGCAGGAAAGGGGGAAAAGGCCGUGAAAGAAAUUUCAGCAAUUGCAAGCCUGGCAAGGCUCUUGCGCCAGUGGCAGCAGCAAAGCCUGAAGAAUUGCUACCCAACUUUUGUUCAGAAGCUAAAAGCUCAAGAUGGACGACGCUCCGGGCAGCGACGAUGAGCGGGCGAUGCGGCAUGUCAAUAAAAGGGCGCGGAAAGCGAAGGGGGUGGUGGCAGUUUUUGAUGAGAAUGCGAGAAGGGAGUUUGUCACGGGGUUUCGGAAGCGGAAGCAGCAGCGGCGAAAGCAAGCGGAGAAAGAAAACAUUGAGAAAGAGCGGAAGAAACGGAUCCAGAUCAGAAAAGAGAGGCGGCUCGCUGAACAGGCGAAUAUAGCCGAGGCUGGGAAGGGUGCGCAGCUGAUGUCAGCAGAUGACGUGGCAGGCAAGGAGAGUGAUGCGGGGGAACCGCCAGAAGAGGACGACGCGAAGGAGAGAUUAGAAGAUGUCGUCGUUUAUGAUGAUGCAGCGGCAGUCACAACCGUCAUCAUCAAAGGUUUGGGAGACGAAGACUCGGACGAGGAGCGAGGGAAUAGUGGAGAUGAUGAGCUUCUUGCAUACGGGAAGGAGCGGCUGAAAGAGCGGAACAAGAAGUUAGCUAAACCGGGAUCCUCUCUGAAGCAACACAUCAAAAAGCGGCUAGCACACAAAGCCAACAACAAGAAAGGGCAUAAUAAAAAGUCGAAGAACAGCAACAGUAGACAGAAAAGUAAGAAGAAAGGUUCGUAGAGCAUGUCAUGGGUUUGCUGCGACCGUGUGCUGUUGUUGGAGUCCCUUCAAAUUUCCCGUCCAAAUCAUUGAAUGCUUUGGAAAUUUUACAG